AAGAAUCAUUCAGUGAUGGGGUUGGUUCUGACAAUUUUGAUGAUACUUGCUACAAGUGAUGCCCUACAGCCACUGACCUAUAUUGUCCAAGAGGAAGUUCCACGAGGUACCCGUGUAGGAAAAUUGGCAGAGGAUGUCUUACAAAUGUUUGGUACAUACACCCCACCCGGGGAAAAGUCAGCUGUCAAUCUCAAGAUCACAAAUUGGCAGGAUCUCGGUCCCCAACACUUUGUGAUUGACAUUGCCACCGGCUAUCUUGUUGUAAACAAAAUACCCGACAGGGAAGCGUUAUGUCCAGACAAGACUGGUCCAGGUCAGACCAGAUUUCCCUUUCCCAUGGCAAAUACUGAUGGCAAUAACCAGCCCAUGCCUGAAAAAAUACAUGCCCCUGAAGCCGCUGACAAUCCUUGUACACUUACCCUCAGGGUUGUCUAUACCCCUGAACCAAGUGGAGAAAUUACGAAAGAUCCAAUUCUAUUGACAGUUAAUGUCAUAAUCACUGAUAUAAAUGACCAUAUUCCAAUGUUCCCCCAAUCUAGGAUUAAUCUAGAACUUGGCGAAAUCUUAUCUAUACCCGGAGAAACCACAAUCACCCUUCCAACAGCUAGUGAUCCAGACGCUGGAUCAAACGGAACUCUUUCUUAUUGGAUUGAGCAUGGUCUGCUUUCCCAUGGAAGUCAGAUUACAAAUUCCUCUGCAUUCCCUUUCAGAUUAGAAGGUCUGGCAGAUGGGAAUCCACUUAGAUUACGUCUCAUCCAACCCUUGGAUUAUGAGAAACUAAAAUCCUACGAAUUCAUACUAUGUGUUGAAGAUCGUGGGACUCCAAACUCUCUCAGUUCUCGCCUUCGAAUUCAUAUUGACGUUCUGGAUGAGAAUGACAACAUUCCGAUCUUCUCACAAUCAAAGUAUUUUAUCAUUAUAAAUGAGUCGUUGCCUCGUGGAAGCGUUCUUCUGGAUUUGCGUGCCCAAGAUCAUGACAGUGGCCAAAAUGGACAGGUAACCUUCGAGUUUUCACCUCCCAUGACAGAAGAGUCAAAGUUGGUCCAACAAUAUUUCGGCGUUCGGACAAUUACUCCUGGUUUCGCUAAGCUCUUCAUCCGUCAGUCGCCAGAUCUCGAUACUGGAAUCGAGAAUAACCCAUUGGGUACUUCAUCUGAAAUUUCAGUUCGUCGGAGUCGUGAUUUCACGCUGAGGGUUAUAGCAACUGAUAGCGGUUCACCUAAACGGCACUCAUCAGAAGCUACUGUGGUAGUGCGGGUUUUGGAUGUUAAUGACAUGACACCGAAGAUUGCAGUUACCUUUCUCACUUCUCAAGGAUCUCAACAACAAGGAAACAUGUACUACAGGGGUCCAACUCCUCAGAGGAGUCAUGGGACAGUGAUGGAGAAUGUCGAUCGGAGUCUAAUUGCUUUCGUGACAGUGCGAGAUCUCGACUCUGGGCCUUGGGGUCAGGUCACGUGCAGAACAGACAAUGACGCAUUCAGAAUGAUUCCAAUUAGUGGCAAUGCUCCUGAAUCGGACUCUUUUGAAGGCCAAAACGAAGUGGAGCCUCGAUCAGCAAAUGAAGAAAUUUACUUCAAGUUAAUGACCCAGAAACCAUUCGAUAGGGAAACCGUACAGCAGGUGACUUUUCGAAUAAUUUGCGUGGACAAUGUUUACAAGAAUGGUCAAACGCAAACAUUUGUCCAAGAUCUCAGCCCUUCUAACUUUGGUGCGCUUCCAAGUAGUCAAACGCCAGGCAGUGGAAAGCAAUUUACUAUUGUCACAGAGAGAGCUGAACAAUUAACUGGAGUUUCGCUAGUUUCUGUUCGUAUUCUUGAUGAGAACGACUGCGCACCAGAGUUUACCCAAGCACUGUAUACAUUUUCUGAAGAAGAAAAUAUUCCAGAUUACACCAAACAACCUUCAUCGAAGAUGGAGGGUAAAGCAAUUGGAAAAAUUCAAGCAAAAGAUAAAGACCUUGACCCAGUUCUCACCUACAGUCUAUUGAGUAAUCCACAAGAUGCAUUUUCCAUUGAUUCGAAGACAGGAACACUGUUUAUAAUCAGACCGUUUGAUAGAGAAGCUUUCCUGACAUCUACCUACGAGGGGAUUGAAGUAAAGCGAUCACAGGCAACUAAUGAAUCAGUGGUAAUGGCUUCCUUUCGAGCACAGGUUUCUGACGGGAAGCAUACAGCAGAAACUAAGAUUCAAGUGACUAUCACUGAUGUCAAUGACUGCCCUCCAAUUUUUGAAAAGACAAACUACGAGUUCUUUGUUGAGGAGAAUCGAAGACCGCAGAAUGGAAACCCGAUUGGUGUGGUGAAAGCACAUGAUUCAGAUGUAGGUCUGAAUGGAAAAAUCGUUUAUAGUAUCCAGCCAUUAACAGAUAAUGACUUCAACGAAUCCGUUAGCUACUCUCUAGAUUAUAAUCCGAAUAGGCAUUUCAAAAUUGACCCAAAUACUGGUGUUAUUCAUACUCUCCGUCCACUAGAUAGAGAGCAAUAUAUUCACCACGUGUUUCACGUUCUUGCAAUUGAUACAUCUGAUAGUUCAGCGUAUCAACAAUCACAAGGUGGAAAGAAGAUUCAGUUUACAGCAACAGCUACUGUCACCGUGAUUGUUAACGAUGAAAAUGAUAAUUCUCCGAUAAUAACCUUUCCAGCUUCACAUACAACACUAAGAGUUGAAGUCGGAGCUCCUGCAGGACAUCAAAUUUUCACAGUAACAGCAACAGAUCCCGAUGCAGCCGAGAAUGGUACUGUUCGAUACUUUUUACGACAAUCCACUCCCCUCAUCUCUGAUACAAGAAACACCGAAGAGGGCAAUGCCAAAGGAGCUAUUUUUUCAAUCGACGAACAGACUGGAAUAGUUCUAUUGACUGAAAAACUUCUAAACGCCCAGACAAAGUAUCUUCUUACAAUUGGAGCUCAUGAUCUGGGAAGUGUGGUGCAAAAGAACACUUCAAUCGCAGCCAUAAUUCAUGUGGUUGGUAAAAAUCAGUUAGAGAACUUCGUAAGUUCCAGUGAAAAUGGGCGGAUACCAACUUCAAGUAGCAGUGAUACGAAUCUUCCAACUUCUGGAAUGCGACCUCCAAUGCCUAUUCACCGUGGUCCUGGAGGUGGCAGCGAUGGGGGUGAAGGAAGUGGUGCACUACAUGACGACUACCGAAUGGGACCAGUCAUGCCUCUCCCGCAUCCUCCAAACAACUCUCAACCUUUUGGCUUUCUCACUGAUAGGAUUAUCAUCUUCGUUUUGUCUUCCAUAUUUGUUGUACUUUUGGUGGUGACUGUGGUACUUAUUCUUCUCAUCCGACGACGGAGGUUUAUUGAUAUCAAUGCGAAUAGAGGACCUAAAGUUGGAACCAAAGUUUCCCAAAUUCAAAACAAUAUUACCCGCGGAGGUUUGAAUUGUUCAACGAAUACACUUCGAUUAUUACGAAAUGAUGAUGGCAAUGGUGGAAAAGCCGUCCUCUUUCGAGCUGGAAUUCCAUCUGAUGGAACUUCGCAUACUGAUUCCGAAGGUAGGAGUAUCAUCGCAUCUGAGACGUAUCCGGUGAAUGCAGAAGACCCGUACACCCUUCUUAAACCGCUCAGUCGAAAUCAUGGUGGAACUAUAACAACUAAUGAGAUGGGUUACAAGACUUACAAUCAUUGUGUACCAAUAAAUUCCUUCUCUACACUUCUUCCAAUACACAAUACAGGAGCGAAUCGUAAGUCCCCUCUUUAA